GUUGACUUAAACACACCGCAGAGCCUGUAGCUGGGACAGCUAGGCUACUAGAGCGCAGCCCCGUAGACUCCUGGGAGCUCCAGCCCACGCGGGAGUGCGCAGGCGCAGACGACUGAUCCUUGGCCGGGGGUGAGGUUGGACUCUUCCCUUUUCCAUAAGAAGGGCUCAAAAGAGAAGGUUCAUCUCUUGCAAAUCUCAAAGCCAUGCCUCAGGAUGAACUAGAGUCUGCCCUUGCAGGGAUCAGUGUCAUUCAAGGAUGUGACUGUGGACUUCACCCAGGAGGAGUGGCAGCAGCUGGAUCCUGCUCAGAAGACCCUCUACAGGGAUGUCAUGUUGGAAAAUUAUUGCCACCUCAUCUCUGUUGGGUUUCACAUGACUAAGCCCGAUAUGAUCCGUAAGUUGGAACAAGGAGAAGAACUAUGGACAACAGAGAGAAUUUUUCCAAGUCAGAGCUACCUUGAAGAAGAUGGGAAAGCUGAAGAUGUUUUAGUGAAGUUCAAAGAAUACCAAGACAGGCAUUCUAGAUCAGUCAUAUUCAACCACAAAAGACUAAUUAAGGAAAGAAGUAAUAUUUUUGGGAAAACACUUACUAUAGGCAAGAACCGUAUUAUUUCAAAAACAGCACUAUGUGAAUAUAAGCCUGAUGGAAAGGUUUUUAAAAAUAUUUCAGAAUUAGUCAGUAGAAAUAUAAGCCCUGGAAGAGAGAAGUUUGGUGAGAGUAAUGGAUGGGAGAAAUCACUCCUCAAUUCUAAGAAUGAGAAAAUUCAUACUACAGUGAAUCUCUAUAAACAAACAGAAAGGAGUGUGAGUGGUAAACAAGAGCUUAUUCAACAUCAGAAGGAUCAAACUCCAGAGCAAUCAUUAGAUCAUAAUGAAUGUGAAAAAUCCUUCCUUAUGAAAGGAAUGUUAUUUACACAUACUAGGGCUCACAGAGGAGAAAAAUCCCUUGAAUACAAUAAAGAUGGAAUAGCCCUAAUUGAAAAGUCAAAUCUCAGUGUCCAUUCACAAACCCUUAUUGAGAAGAAACCCCAUACAUACAGCAAAUAUGGGAAGUUCCUCUGCAGGAAGUCCAUUUUUAUCAUGCAUCAGAGAUCUCAAACAGAAGAGAAACCCUUUCAGUGUCCUUACUGUGGGAACAGCUUUAGAAGGAAGUCAUAUCUCAUUGAACAUCAACGAAUUCACACAGGUGAGAAACCUUAUGUUUGCAAUCAAUGUGGAAAAGCCUUCCGUCAAAAAACAGCCCUCACUCUUCAUGAGAAAACACAUAUAGAGGGGAAACCCUAUAUCUGUAUGGAUUGUGGGAAGUCCUUCCGCCAGAAGGCAACUCUCACUAGACAUCACAAAACACAUACAGGGGAGAAAGCCUAUGAAUGUACUCAGUGUGGAAGUGCUUUUAGAAAGAAGUCAUACCUCAUUGAUCAUCAGAGAACUCACACAGGAGAGAAACCAUAUCAAUGUAAUGAAUGUGGGAAGGCAUUUAUCCAGAAGACAACCCUCACUGUACAUCAGAGAACUCACACAGGAGAGAAACCCUAUAUUUGCAAUGAAUGUGGGAAGUCCUUCUGCCAAAAGACAACCCUCACUCUCCAUCAAAGAAUUCAUACCGGGGAAAAACCCUAUAUUUGUAAUGAAUGUGGGAAGUCCUUCCGCCAGAAGGCAAUCCUCACUGUUCAUCAGAGGAUACAUACAGGAGAGAAAUCCAAUGGAUGUCCUCAGUGUGGGAAAGCCUUUAGUAGGAAAUCAAACCUCAUUCGCCACCAGAAAACUCACACAGGAGAGAAACCAUAUGAAUGUAAAGAAUGUGGGAAGUUCUUCAGUUGUAAGUCAAACCUCAUUGUACAUCAGAAAACUCACAAGGUAGAAACCAUGGGAAUUCAGUAAAGGAUAUGACUUUUUUGUCAAACCUUAAAGUAAUAGUAAACUUUAAAUAAAAUAGUACAUGGUGUUGCUUGCAAGUAUAUUGGUAUAUAACAGUUUAAGGUACUAUACCACAUAUUUGCCUAUUGUUUGUGAGCCUAUAAAACACAAAAAGAAUGACUAAUGACAAAAGUCAUUGAAAAUACAACCCUAAAUUUUUUAUUAUUAGAUUCACCAGGCAUAAACUUUCUCUGUCAAGUUUCUACGAACAUUUAAAAUUGCUUAUUUUCAAUUUCAGUACAUAUAUUCUUGUGACCCAGUAAUAAACAGUUCUGCCAGUGGUCCAUGGACCACACUGUGAUCAGAAGUGUUUUAAAAGAAAGGAAGUGUGAACUGUAUUUCUCAUUGCAAAUAUGAAGUAAAAAUUAGUUGUUACUUCCUCAAAAUUUACCAGUUAUGACUUCUAACAUUAUAAAUUAGGUUUUGCAUAUUAUGAACCUUUAUAUAAAUUGGAUUAUACAUCAUGUAUUCUCUUUAUAUAAAUUGGGUUAUACAUCAUAUAUUCUGUAUAUGGCUUGUUUCAUUCCUCAUUAUGUCUCUAAAACUCAUCAUUAGUGCAUGUGGCAGAAGUUCAUUUAUUUCCAUUCUAUAUAGAAUUCCAUCAUAUGAUUAAAUCACAGUUUAUCCAACUACUGCUGUGGACUUUUUCAUUGUUUACAGCUUAGGAUCAUAAUAAAUAGUGCUUCUGUGAACAUA